AUGUGGGUAGCUCAAGCCAUCACAGUCGCAGCACAGCCAGAGCACAAACAGUUGCAGUAUCACCAGCGGGACGAGCUAGAAACAGAGAGCCUGCUCUGCUCGAAUGGCGUUCAAGAAAGCAGCCAUCGGACUCUCUUCCUUCUCCUCCUCCUCCUCCUCGUCGCGCCCAGCGCCACCGCGGCGAGACCGACGCACCAGCUGACUUCCGACGACGACGACGACGGCGCUGGUGCUGCGGCGCCCGCUACCGCACCGGCCGUCGCACCUGCGGCUGCUGACGCACCGAUCGCUGCCGCCAAUGCCAUCCCAGCUGCGGCAGGAGGGGCCGGUGUGGCGGCGCCCGGAGGCGCCGCGGCAGCUGACGCACCGGUCGCUUCCAAUGCCAUCCCCGCUGCUGCUGCGGCGGCUGGUGGCGCUCCUGAGGCAGCUCCGGUCGCAGCCAACACCAUCCCUGUGGGGGCGGGGGCGGCCGGCGGCGCUGACGGCCACGGGAUGGUCUUCUUCAUGCACGACAUCCUCGGGGGCACGAACCCGUCGGCGCGCAUCGUGGCCGGCAUCGUGGACAACGCCGCGGUCACGGGGCAGCUCCCCUUCGCGCGGCCCAACGGCGCCGUGCUGCCGCUCAACAGCGGCGUGAACGUCAACUCCGGCGCGGCGGGCGCCAUCGACAACAACAACAUCCCGUUCCUCACGGGCCUCGGCGGCGCCACCAACGCCGCCAAGUCCAUCGGCAGUAACGGGAACGGGAACGGCAACGGCAACGGCGUCUCCGUCUUCUCCGGCGGCAGCCUCCCGCAGGGCACCACGCUGCAAAAGCUCCUCUUCGGGACCAUGACGGUGGUGGACGACGAGCUGACGGAGGCGCCGGAGCUGGGGUCCGCGGCGGUGGGCCGCGCGCAGGGGUUCUACAUCGCCAGCUCCGAGGAGGGCGUCAGCCAGACGGUGGCGGUGACCGCCAUGUUCAAGGAGGGUGGGUUCGAGGACACCAUCAGCUUCUUCGGCGUGCACCGCACCGUGGACUCGGAGUCGCACCUCGCCAUCGUCGGCGGCACCGGGAAGUACGUCGGGGCCAAGGGCUUCGCCAAGGUGGCCGUGGUGAGGCCCGGAGGGGUGGUGGCGUCCGGCGCGCUGCUCGAGACCGACGGCAUUGAGACCGUGCUCCAGUUCACCGUGUUCCUCGUGUAA